AUGAACUAUGGAGCCGGACCGUCACAACUACCAUCUUCUUCUUCUUCUUCUUCUUCUUCUGACGACGAAAUAUGGUCUCAGUACAUUAAAGAUUGGGAGGAAGAUAUGACACAAUGGGAGAAGGAAGAUGAACUCUUAGCUCGCGUACAUGCCUCUAAUAGUAAAAUAAUGACUUAUCUCUCUCAAGAGGCAGAGCGGCCAAAGCGUAUUGGCUCAGUUCCUGGUCAUUUGGUGAUCAAUCGCGGGAGGGAAGAAGGUAAUUCUCGACUUUACCAUGACUAUUUUUCUGAUAACCCUACAUAUGGUGCAAACCUAUUCCGUAGAAGGUUCCGGAUGCACAGGAGUUUAUUCCUUCGUAUAGUCGAGGCGGUACGUGAGCAUGACAACUUCUUCGUACAGAAGAUGGAUGGUGUCGGCAAACUUGGGCUAUCAACUUUACAAAAAGUUACAUCGGCAUUUCGCAUGUUGGCGUAUGGAACAUCAGCAGAUAGUACUGACGAAUAUGUUAGGAUCGGUGAGUCAACUGCAAUUGUGUGUUUAAAGAGAUUUUGCAGAGCAAUUGUAGAAGUAUAUGGAGAUGAAUAUCUGAGGACUCCCAAUGUCGACGAUGUUGCAAGGUUAUUGCAAAAGGGCGAAGAAAGAGGAUCCAAUAACGAUAUUAAUGUAUUGCAGUCGUCUAAUUUGUUCGACAAUCUAUCACAAGGUAUUGCUCCUCCUGCUCAUUACACAAUUCAAGGAAAAAAUUAUGAUGUCGGUUAUUAUUUGGCCGAUGGCAUAUAUCCGAAAUGGCCAACACUUGUUCAAACCAUUUCUAAUUCCGAUGAUAAAAAGAAACAAUAUUUUGCAAUGAUGCAAGAAGCAUGUCGAAAAGAUGUUGAGCGGGCAUUCGGUGUUCUCCAAUCACGAUUUGCUAUCAUCAAGGGGCCAGCCCGUUUUUGGGAUAAACGAACUCUGCAUGAUAUCAUGACUGCUUGUAUUAUAAUGCACAAUAUGAUUGUCGAAGAUGAACGCGACGAGCAAGAAGAUGUUGUCAUUUCAACUCCACAAUCAAUUCCGAAUGCUGAAAAUAUGGAGAUAACGGAAACUGAACGAUUCCAACGGUUUCUUGCUCGACAUAAGAGGUUGAAAAACAAAGAAGCUCAUUUUGCACUUCGAAAUGCAUUGAUUGAACAUUUGUGGGAAAGACAUGGAAAUGAAGCUAUGUAA